AUGUCUUGCAGGCAGAGCUGUAAACCUUACAGGGUUUUUCUGUGUUUAUCUUUCUACUUUUGGGUCUUCUACAACCUCCUCCCCUCCCCCCUUUUUUUUUCUGGAUUCUUUUUUGAAUAUAAGUGAAACUUUCAAAUCCUGGAUUUUGACGUCGUUCAGGAAGCAUUCAUGAAUUGACAUGGGUCAACAUACUUUUCGUUACCAGGCAAAAGGGGAAGGCCACAACACUGCACUUCAGCCAGGAGAUUUGGAGUCAAAGAAGGUUUAUGAAAUUAGUGGAGGCUGCCUGAGAACAGAGCCUGAUUAUCAAGUGAUCUGACAUUCAUGAAAGAGAGGAACAACAAUCUUCCUCGCACACAUGAAUGCUUUAGUGAGCCCUUGAUCUGAUAUUUCCUCCUGAGGAGAAGCAGACAUCAUGAAGCAGAAAUUGACAUCAUCACUUAAAAUUCUUUUGCUACUUGCUCUGACUGCAGUGAGUCUGACUGGUCAAUCAUACCCUGGAAAACCUAAGAUAAUAAGAUGUCGUUCUCUAGAAAAGGAAACCUUUUCUUGUUGGUGGAAGCCUGGCUCAGAUGGAGGACUUCCUACCAAUUACACCCUGUUCUACAGCAGGGACAGUGAAGAAGAAAUCUAUGAAUGUCCAGACUACCGAACAUCAGGUCCCAAUUCCUGCUACUUUGAUACAAAUCACACUACUCCCUGGACAACAUAUAAUAUCACUGUAACGGCAACGAACGAGAUUGGAAGUAACAGCUCAGAUCCUCAGUAUGUGGAUGUGACCUCCAUAGUUCAGCCAGAUGCUCCUGUGAACCUCUCUCUAGAAACGAAAACAUCUGCUAACACAAUGUACCUUUGGGCAAAAUGGUCUCCACCUCCAUUGGCUGAUGCCAGCUCUAAUCCACAUGUAUAUCACUAUGAGCUACGACUAAAACCCGAGGAAAAGGAAGAGUGGGAGACAAUAUCUGUUGGAGUGCAGACACAGUACAAAGUGAUUAGAUUACAAGCCGGGGUGAAGUAUGUUGUUCAGGUCCGUUGCAUGUUAGACCUUGGAGAAUGGAGUGAGUGGAGCUCUGAAAGACGCGUUCAGAUCCCCAAUGGAGAGUCAGCCCCUGAAAAGCCUACCAUAAUAAAAUGCCGUUCUCCAGAAAAGGAAACUUUUACUUGUUGGUGGAAACCUGGUUCAGACGGAGGACAUCCUACUAACUACACUUUGCUUUACAGCAAAGAAGGAGAAGAACAAGUUUAUGAAUGUCCAGAUUACAGAACUGCGGGCCCCAAUUCAUGCUACUUUGAUAAAAAGCACACCUCUUUCUGGACCAUUUACAAUAUUACUGUGAGGGCAACUAAUGAAAUGGGAAGUAACUUCUCUGAUCCUCAUUAUGUGGAUGUGACUUACAUAGUACAGCCAGACCCUCCUGUGAAUGUAACUCUGGAAUUAAAAAAGCCAAUGAAUAGAAAACCGUAUCUAGUCUUGACAUGGUCUCCACCCCCGCUGGCUGAUGUCAGAUCUGGAUGGCUUACACUUGAAUAUGAGUUGCGACUAAAGCCUGAAGAAGGAGAGGAAUGGGAGACUAUCUUUGUUGGACAGCAAACACAAUAUAAAAUGUUCAGUUUAAAUCCCGGAAAGACGUACAUUGUACAGAUUCACUGCAAACCAGACCACCAUGGAUCAUGGAGUGAAUGGAGCUCUGAAAAGUAUAUUCAGAUCCCUACCGACUUUAGAGUAAAAGAUAUGGUUGUGUGGAUCGUCGUUGGUGUGUUAUCAUCUCUUAUAUGUUUAAUCAUGAGCUGGACAAUGGUUUUGAAAGGGUACAGAAUGAUAGCCUUUAUCCUACCACCAGUUCCAGGACCAAAGAUAAAAGGCAUAGAUACACAUCUCUUAGAGACAGGAAAAUCAGAAGAAUUAUUGAGUGCUCUUGGUUGCCAUGGUUUCCCUCCAACAUCAGACUGUGAGGAACUACUGAUAGAAUAUCUGGAGGUAGAGGACAGUGAGGAUCAACAACUCAUGCCAAGCCAUGACAGUGGUCAUCCCAGUAAAAAUACAAAAAUGAUACCCAAGGAAACAGACAGUGACUCAGGCCGAGGGAGCUGUGAUAGCCCUUCUCUUCUUUCUGAGAAGUGCAGGGAGUGCCACACCCUUCCAUCAACACUUCAAACACAAGACAUUAGAGACGUUCAAGAAAAUACAGGAGGAAAGACAAGCCGGGAAACUCAGCAUAUAGCUUCAGAACAGAAAAUACUCCUCUUUAACAAUGACACUACAAAAUCGUCCACAUGGCCUGCAGCUCAGUUACCCAAUACUCAGCCUCCGAUGUUUGCCUACCACAGUACUGUAGACGCAUAUAAGUUAACACUGAAUACCGCAAAUGUGAACAUUGCACCAGUUUUGGUGGGAAAUGAAGAAAAGCAUCAAUCACAAUAUCCUAGCACUGAAACUGUCCACAACGACACAGAAAAGCAGAGAGAGAUGGAGAAUUUGCAUUCCAAAACUGACCAAACCACAGCACAGGUCAAACAAAACAGACCUAAUGACAAGUCACCUUUUUUGAAUCCUAAAGUAAUGGAUUAUGUAGAAGUUCACAAAGUCAGACAAAAUGAGCAAGCAGUAUUACUGAAACGUAAAGAAAAUAGUGGAAAGACUGAAAAAUACACCGUUCCAGGAACCAGCAAAGAAUAUACCAAGGUCUCAACAGUUGUGGACCAUAAUAUUAUAGUAUUAAUGCCAGAUUCAUGCAUCCAGCACACAUCUGUGUCUCAAGAACCUGCAAUGGAAGUGUCUCCAAACCUUCAGCAAGGUCAAGCUGAGAAAAAUAUGAGCUAUUCUCUGACAGCUCCAAACGAGUGCAAAAGAGAGACCAGUGGAUCAGAGUACAUGGAUCCAUCUUCCUUUAUGCCCUCCUUUAAAUAACGAGUAGUUAGUACAGUACAGUAAAACAAAACCAGAUAGCAAAUAGUUCCUUAAAAUAGCCUAGCCUCCUAUGUGUAUUAUACAGAGAAUAAAAGAAACUGUGGGUUGAGGUAAUAAUCAUGGAAGUAAACCUUGGACCAUUAACACAUGUUUCUGACACAGGGAAAUGAGUAAAUGGGUAUUAUCUGCCAUAAAAAUACAUUGUAAACUGAUUAUUCAGCUCUGCAGAUCUGUUAGUUGAUUAAACCUGAGGGAAUACUGCAGAUUUAACAAACAUAAAAAUUGUUAUGGGUCAGUCAGUACACCACAGUAAUCUGAGCAGUUCCUAAAUCUGAUAAAUUGCACAACAGCAUUCUGAUCUACAAUGUAUUUUCUUCUGAAUGGAUUCUGACACUAGAUUGUUUUCUUUAUAUUUUUUCUCUAAUCCUUAAGAAAAAAGGAGCUCUUAUGUAUAACAAAUCAUAUAAAAAAGAUAAUAUAUUCAACAAAUUACAGUAAAAUAACAAAUUACUCUAAAGAUAUUUUUGCUCUGUUUCAAUGUGACAGAAAACUGCAUCCCAUUCAUAUCCUAGUCCAAUCAAACCAAACAUGAAAAAAAUAGCAGGACAAUAUUUGUUAUACUGCCUUACUGUAUAUAAUAUACCAUACUACUUCAGUACAAGCCCAUAUGUUUAACAAUGUAUUUUUAAAGGCUAUUUUUCUAUUACCAAAAGAAAAGCAAAAUAAAAUAUUUUUUAAUUUCCCAGUGCUAUUUAGCUACUUAGGAACUUUUCUGUUUCCUUCUGCUGAGACAGCGGUAACAAGUAAAGCUACCAUUUCUAUACAAAGCAUAAAAUUAAACUUUAUACUAAUUACGAAUAUGAAGUAAUUUUUAAACUAUAUUUCUAAUAUAUUGCAGAUGUAUUACUAUUCUAAUUGUAAAUUAUUUAUUUCACUUGUUUUUUAUCACCUGUAAUUAUAAAAUUAAAAUAGAGUCUAGGUUUUGAGAGCAAAGCUUCUUUCCCACUGAAUUUGUACUCUUGACGCCAAUCAUGAGUGGAUGGUGUUCUCCUGCAUCCUUAGACAUUGCACUUUUCUCUGAGCCUGGAAGGAAAGUUUGAAGUUAUAUUUUUCAUAAUGAACUCCUCAACAUUAAUUUUGGAAUCCAGCAUCCAAAGUCAAAGAUACGAGGCAUAAUCAGACUCAGAGCUCUGCUGAAAUAGCAGUGGGAAUGAGGAAAGGAGACCACGUACUUGGGCUGGACAGAUGUCCCCGGAACAGUAGUGGGAACAGUGAGGAUUCCUCAUAUGCCAUGUAAACAAAGGCAGAAUCAAAACGAUACUGGAAUGGCUCUGACCUUACUGUGGUCCUUCCUUCUUGAAACAAAAGUUUAAUUUACUCCAAGAAAGUAUGACCAAGUGAUGACUGAUUAAAACUGGGCCAAGUAUUUAGCCAGCAUCAGGGGAUACUGGAAACAUUAAGGUAAGGGAAAUUGUACUGUACAUGUGAAGGAAAGUGUAUUUGCUAUAGACGAGCUCUUUUCUGUUCUUGUCCUUCCUGAACAGCUUUACAUUUCUCCAGCUUUGCAUGAUUUUAUGCACUGAGCCAGCCUUCCUGCAGUUUCGGGCAACCUGCUGCAGAGCCAGAUUUUGAAGGUCCCAGAAGGCCACAUCUAAUCUGGCAAAUCAGAUUCUCACCUUUUACCUUCACGUCAUGGAACCGCUCAAGUACAGAUCAGUACAGCCGAGCUGUCUAGCCCUUCCGCUGGCAGGACUUUAGAAUUUAACUAGUUAUCUGUGUGUCUGUAAACAUAUGUGUUAGUGUAUAUUGAAACACAAGCUUUAGGCAUCAAAUUUAGAGCCUGUGUCCUCUGUACAGGCAAUGUAGUGCCCACUUGCAGAGGCUGAUCAGAACAGUCUGGAUACUCUGCUGAAUGUGUAGGGAGGUAUCUUAGAUUCUUAAUUCAGCCACUUAACACUUGAAGAUGUGAAGUGGCUACUCCAGAGAGCAGCCAAACACAACAUUUUAUUUAGUUAUAGUUAACAGGGCAAUUUUACUGUAGCAUUUGUAGUAUAUCUUACAAAUUUUCUGGGGAUGUUAAAAGUGCUGCAAAGAAACUAUGAAUUAAUCAGUGAAAACUGGAAUGUUUUGCAGGGCAGCAACUUGUUUGUGUGUAUAUAUGCAAGCUGAUAAUAUACUCCUCCUGCCAGUGCUUCAUUUACACUUCAGUUUUCUGACUGAGUCUGACAGAGCUGAUCCGGAUCAGACAUAUGCUCUGUCUUUACACAGAUGGCCAGAUCUGAGCCAAGCUGUUUUUUUCAAUUCCUAAUGCCAUGCAUGAGGACAUGCUGCUACAGGCCUGUAGUGCAUCUGGUGAUGCACAGAGGCUAUAGAAUCUUACCAAGCCACAGCCUAAAGAUUUUCCUUAUGUAGUGGAAUUCUUAGGGAUUUCUUUCUGAGCUUCUUAGGGUAAAACACAGGUGAUUACACAGAUGUUGUAAACCAAAGAGAGCAUGGAUAAGGUGUCAGCAGCAGGCUUUUGCUGUCAUAUCGGCUACUUUGGACCUGAGGCAAAAAGACACAACCUUUAGCAGAUUUUUAAGUGUAUGAUUCAUCUGCCUAACUGUAGGUGUCUAUAUGUGUACCUUCAGUAAUCCACACAGAUAGAGAACUGAGUGGAAGAGUUUCUAUGCUUUGCCAUAAAUUGGUACGGAAGCUUGAAAAUAGCUGUAGCCUAUAUUACAUUGUGAGGUGUAGAUUCUCUCCCACCUUCACUGAUGAACGCCUCAUCAUGGCUUUCUGUGGAAAGGCAAAUUCAGCCAGAGUGGACAAGGUGCGUUUGCUCACUGCUCUGAGGUAGCCAAGCUUUUUCAGGGAUUUGCGACCUAAAUACAAUUUGAACACAAUUUUCAUAAAUAUAUUUCAUUCUUUAAGCUGAACAAAUGUGCAGGUUAGUUAUUUUUCCCUUGAAUUUGCUUUUAUUUUCCAGAACACCUUUUUACUCCCAAGGUGGGAGCAACACCCUCUGAAAGUGGCCUUUAACAUCUGAAAGUACAUUAUGAAGAGAAUAAACUAGUGUUCUGUAAAAUCAGAAUAACCUUCAGCUAAAUUUUUGGGCCAUUAGAUGUUCAAAUACUUCAUUCUUUUUUUGUUUGCAGCAAUAGUUUUGUUUGCAGCUCUUUAAGAAAUAGCUAUUUAUUAGGAAAUAGAUGAGAUUUUGCAGCAGCUGUACAUAGUCAAUUGUUGUAAAAUUAUGACACACCAUUGGGGAAUAAUCACCUCCUCUGAUAUACAAAGGGAUGAAGUAUGUAACAGAAUUUACUCCAGGAAGAGGGAUUAGCCCUCUUGCUCUUGCCCCAUUACUCAAAUUCCUCACUUAGAAUAAUUAUUUUAAAAGUUUGAAAAAUGUUUUCAGUGUCAAAUUUAUGCAUAUGUCAUGUAGUGUGAAUUACUUUUUAGUAGCAUAAAAGCCCUAAAAGGAAGCAUAAAGGCUCUUCAGAAGUAAUUAAUUUUGUAAAAUUCAUAACAUUGAAUAUAUAUAUUUUUAAUUAAUUACCUUUCCUUUGGACUUGGACUAAUUUUAUUAUCGGUUUUUCUUCAGUAUUGACAAAUAUGACUCAUAAUGUUAUAUUUUCUAAUUAGACUUUUUUCUUUAGCAGUGACAUAUCUGAUGAACAAUUUUAGUGUAAUAUUCCUGAAUUUUAAAGAAAUACGAUUUAUUGAAGUGGGACAUGUGCUCACAAAACUCACUCUCACAUAAAAUGCAGGCUUGAAGAAUGGUCUUGAUGAUACUGUGUAACUACAAUGAUUAUUUAAUAAAAAUGCAGUAAACUGAGCUUAUAUAAUACUGGUUAUAUGUGUUUAUGUAACAAAGUGUAAAACGAAUAUGUAAUGAUAAUUGAUUUAUGUUAAAGCAGUGAAUUCUGUGGUGUAUGUGUUUAUGUGUCUGUUUAAAUGGCUCAAAAAUAUGCAGUUGCUUUAAAUGUCAUUUAAGUAUUUGAAGUGUAGUAACAGCAGGUGUUCAAAAUGAAUAAGCAGAUUUUUUUGGUGAUCUCUGAAGCAUUGUAUAUGUUCACAACAUGAAGCCUGUAAAUGUAUUUCAUAAUUUUUCAUUAACUGUAAACAAUUUGAAGGUGUUGUGCAAGGAAACCAAAGUCAUCUAAUCCAGUUGAGAGAUACUAGACAUCUUCUACAAAGCCAUAAAGACAAAUGAAAUGAAAAAGUGUCAUGAGAUCAGGCAUCAUAUUCUCAAAGAAUUGCUACCUCAGGUUAUUUUUUUUUUGCUCCCUUUGAAGAGGCAGACAAAACCAUUUUACUUUGUGUGUCAAAUUGUGAAUCAUCCUAUCAAGAUUGCAAAAAAUUGUACCUGUUCAAAUUACUUUUGUUAAUUAACAGCUUGUCAUGGAAUCAUCUCUUGUGUCAUACUGGUAGUACUAAGGUGGGAUAUUUGAGAUGUAUAGCAAAAUGAAAUGUUUCUAAUAUGAAAAAAUAACAGAAAUUUCUGUCUUGUAGGGAAAGCCAUACUGACCAGCUUGGCAGCCAAGCAUCAGUCCUUUUCCUGGGCUGAAAUUUUUUUUGCCUGUGUGCCCAGCUCGCUAGGACUGAAUGAGCUGAGUUGUCAGAGAUGCUCUGAUUCUGGAUCUCAGCAAUGGAACUAAGCAUUUAUCAGUAACUGCUAUUUAGAAAGACCUGUUUUCAGCUGAGUUACUGAGAAGUACAUCUUCAAGCUCUGUCCCUAAAUGAGUGAAAAUGGAGACUAGCUCUGCUCUCAGCUAUCUCAAACCCUCAUACUAAAUUCAGACUCCAGUUGCUGUGGGUGUGGAAAGGUGGACUGAAUUACAUUAAUUAGAACAAUCUUGUGGCCCUGACUUGAAAAACAUUUUGAAAAAAAUCAGGGAAUUUCUUCAUCUUUCCUGUUAUGUCAAGCAGGAAACUAAAGAUAAAUGGAAUACAGAAAUACAUAAUAUAUGGCGAUAGAAAGAGAGCUUAAUGAUGGGAAGAGGGACAUGGUUGCUGUAUGUGGCAGAAUGGAAGAGGAGUACAGUCACUAUAGGAUGGCACAUAGGUAAAUAAUUAGAGAAAUCAGAGGUAGUAAACAUGCAUUUUGACUACAGCUGAGAAGAAAGGAAGGGAGAACAGAAAAUGGAAGCAAAAGAAUCAAAUCUAAGAGCAGACAGAUAAGAAAAAAUGACAAUUAGUAGAACUGAAAGGAGUGAUAAAUGAGUUUGUGAGAAAAAAAAAUGAAGAAAAUACUUUUAUAUCAAAAGCAUGAAUAUGCAUAGUUACCUGAUAGUCCACAAAAGUAGCAAAGCCUUGUUAAAUGCUGAAGAGAUGGCAAAACACUGAAAUCAGCUACUAAGGAUCAGCUAUUAUAUACAAGUAGAGAUAGUCCUAUACAUGAGAAGUGGUCAUUCAGUUUCUAUCAGUUACACAUACCUGACAUUGGUUCCUGGCAAACAGAAUAAUACUUGAAGCCCUAGACCCCUCACCUGAUCUGCUGUUGCAUUUUCUACAUUCCUAAGUGAAAAAAAUCAAGAGAAAUAUAAUGUACCACACUGUUCUUGAAAGCAACCUUCAAUUUUUCAGACAGAUCUAGAGAUGAGGUGUAUUUAUCCAUUUACAUUGUCUCACACAUAUGCCUAUCAUUCUUAAGCUUUUUUCUAUUUUUUUAUUUAUUAAAGAUAAUAUAAUGACCUAGAAGUUCCAAGAGAAAAAAGACUUUGGGGAUACUACUAAACAGUCUCUUGGCAUUUCUAGGCAUUGCUUAGUUUGUACCUGUGACAAUGUAUCUGUUAAUAUUUUCCUUAAUCAGAAAGUCCCUGUCUUGGUGAUAAAUUUGGAAAAUCAUCAAGUCAGGCUUAAAAUAUAUCUCUCCCAUGUAAGCUAAGUUUUUAAGAGAAACUAUUAUAUUUUUCAAAAGUAAUUAAGAAAAAUAUCUGAAUUAGUUAUAUGGCCUCUUGCAGUGCUGAUAUCCUAAAAGUGGGGCUUAUACUCAAGAUGUUGGUGUGUAGAGCAGUUAGACAUAGGGAAGUGGGUUUUUUACAUCUUCCUCUUUUAUUUUGGAAAGUUUGACAUCCUGUUCUACUUUGUGAUGCUGCUUGUCUUGGACCUUGUCUUUAUUUAACUUUUUUUUUUUUUUUGACAAUGCUGCUUUUGGGUCUGUUUUUGUGAGCUGCUGAGUACCUGCACCUCAUUUUGACAUCAGUAAAAAUGGGAAGAUUUCGUUUCAAUUCCUACAAAGACUGCAAUGGUCAGUUUUACAGACAUGUAGCACUGAGUAGAAUUUUUACAGGAUGCUGGAAAUCUUUGUAGAAGUUACUUGUAUAAAAUAUCCCUUCGGUAGGACACAAAAUUGUACAUGUCUAGGAGGAGGCAGAUUUUUCUACAUGCAGAAUCCAUGCAGAAAUAUAGUGAUGUCAAAUCAUAUUUUUUACUAUUCAUAAUGCUGUAGACUACUCUUAAUUCUCAUCCCGGUGUCCUUCAUUCCAAAGGGAAGAGGAAACUACUGCUCAGCUACACUCAGAAAGAGCUCCUGGGCUGCUUUAGUGUUGUUUAUUUUUCAUCUUGGAAAGUAAUUUUUUGAUUCGAACUACAGAUACGAUUCAUCGUCUGGAAUAACACAACCAUCAGUUCCAUAUAUGCGUUAUAUUGCUCAGAGAUAUUCAGCACUAUCUGGGCUUCUGAAAUCUUUAUAUUGUGCUUUAUAUAUAUUUUUUACUCAUUGUGUAAAACACAGCAAUAUUGAGGGUGCUGGUCUGAAAAAGUACUGCCCAGAAAAAAUAUGUCAGCAGUUAUUAACUAAUUGUAUUUGUUCAAAUUUCUGCCAUGCUGUUAAGUGCAGGUAAAAGUCUGUGGAACUUUGUUGCCUUUAAUUGUUCCAGCAGGUCUUCAAAGAAAGAUAUUUAUAAAUUUAAUUGCAUGUUCUGAAUAAUUUGCAGACUAAACAAUGUACUUUCCAGCAGAGAAAGAGAUCAUCCAAUAUUUAAAGAAAAACUUAUUUCCAUUUGCAUAAACCAUUUCAUUGCUAGCCUUGCCAUACAAGCUAGGCAUUUUUUCCAUUACAGUUUCAGAAUUUAUAUGCAAUCUGGAACAUCCAAGUUAUCAUAUUGUCAUUACUGUAGCAACAGAAUGACUUGAAGCACAAUUAUUCUAUGAAUCAGAUUGAAAUGUUUUGUAAAUUUCUAAAAUUUAAGAAAUUAUAGAAAGUAGAUUUCAUAUGCAGUAUAUACAUUGGUUGGAGAAUACUGAUAUAAAAAUAGUUGCUCAGGAAUUCAUUGUUUCUAAGUGUAUCUGAAGGAAAAUGCUUUAAAAUGUAUUUUUUAAGUUCUUAAUAUUAAAAAUUCCAGCUUUAAUAAAAUCUGUUAGCAUUUUCACUUGUAAAAUCAAUAUUGUUCUGAAGUCUGUAACUUUCUGAUGGACUUUUCAAUCUUUUGUCAAUGUAAAAUCUCUUUGCA